ACCGAGCCGGCCGAUGAGACGAACGUGUUCGGAGAAUGCAGCCGACAACACGCUAUCUCGGAUCGCCCCGAGCGUGGCUGUUAGCAACAAUCUUGGCACCGUUCAACAUCACCGAUAACAAGUUUGUCCUGAAGACAAGUCGUCCAAGCUCGUGUUCAUACUUCGAGAAGAUACAUUGCAGCAGCGUCUUCAGUAUGAAAUCUUCGAGGACGAAUACUCCUCGCAUCAUCAUUCAUGGCGGUGCCGGAAACAUAUCUCGCGCCAAUCUGACCGAGGAUGCUUAUCAAGAAUAUCGAUCUGCCCUUCUUGCGACUUUACACUCUUCGUAUGCUCUACUGUCGAAGCCAGGUGCCACGGCAUUGGAUGUCGCAACUCAUGCUGUUGCGAUGCUAGAGGAUAAUCCACUGUUCAACGCGGGUCAUGGUGCUGUCUACACAACUGCGGGAACACAUGAGCUAGAAGCUUCCGUCAUGGUGAGCAAAGGUUACCACAAACGUGGUGUUGGCGUCAUGGAGGUAUCAGGAGCAAAGAAUCCUAUCAAACUGGCACGCGAGCUUCUGAUCAGAGGUGAAGAAGCAGAUGGAGGUGGUGCUGCAGGUCAUGUUCAGCUUGCAGGUGAAACAGCGAAUAAGCUUGUAGAAACCUGGGGCCUGGAGACCGUGAGCCCGGGAUACUACUGGACUAAGCGACGAUGGGAUGAACAUCGUAAGGGCUUGGGCAAAAGCACCGAUCGUGAGACUUAUCAGAAACACAAGAGGAGGGCGGACAAGUGUUCCUCGUUUGUCGCAGAGUGUGCAGCGGAUGCUAGAGAUCUGAAUACCCAUGACCCAUCUUGGAACGGUCAUGACUAUCUUCCCCAAGGAACGGUGGGUGCGGUCGUCCUUGACAGCAAUGGCAUGCUUUGUGUGGCCACUUCGACCGGCGGACUUACGAACAAGCUUCCAGGCAGAAUAGGGGAUACACCCACACUGGGAGCAGGCUUCUGGGCCGAACAAUGGAUUGAAGAGAACCCAUUCGACCGCCCGCAUGGUAUGAUGUACCAGCAGCCUACAUUAUCACCAGCUGCAAGACUGGUGAAUGGUGAUUUCGGCGGCGUCCUUCAGGACUGCUUGCCUAAUCUCUCGACGUACCUACCUGUCUCUUCUCGUGAGGAUAUCAGCAGCGAAUAUCCGGUCAAGCCAACUUCAGCACCUCAUGGAGUUGCGCUUUCCGGCACAGGCAACGGUGACUCCUUCCUCAAGCUUUCAGCAGCUCGCACGACCUCCGCCAUGACUCGCUUCUCUUUCCCACCUCUACCUCUCGCUUUAUCUGUAUCACGCAUGGCAGGACCAAAUGGUAUGCUCCAGCAAAGUGCAGAAGACCGUUGGAAGAAGACUGGAGAGGGUGAGGGUGGCAUCAUCGGCAUCGAAUAUCGGUAUGGCGAGGGAAGGGUCGUCGCGGACUUCAACUCCGGAGGCAUGUUUCGCGCUUGGAUUGACGACGAUGGAAAGGAGCAGAUGAUGGUGUUCAAGGAUGAGUUUUGAGAGACUUUGCAAACCCGACGUCAUCAUAGUGAGGUUGAUUGUUCCACCCACACUUCCUCUCUAGCGUGGUCAGUCAUCAGUGGCUUUCGAUACACUCGAUUAGUGGCGACACCAGGCUCAUGAUCGAGACUUGGCAUACCAUCCAGCACGAGUCUCGUUCGCGACUCGGAGAUGAUCGAGUGUCGGAAGCAGAAUGGCGUUUUCACACGGACGGGCCGAUUGGAAGCAGGAAAGUUUUGAGUUUCGCAACUUUGACCUUGCGCUAAUUUAGCGCUACAUAGAUCUCGGAGAUUUGAUAAGAUGAGAUGUACAACAAUAGCAUCGAGACGACAGGAAUGUCAAAUGGGCUGAUGAGAUCGAUCACAGUCUUUUAAUGAUCUCGAAAUACAUCUUCCAGCCACUGUCCUGUUUCGAA